AUGCUUCCAUUUCACAGCAACCACAUCGUUUCAGCUGAUCAGCAGAAUACUCCGCAGAGUCCCUCUGGAUUAGGUACACACCAGUCAGAUGCCAGCAGCAGCCAUGAGAGUCGAGAGAGUGCAUGUGAUCCUGACACUAAGGACACUGAUAUGGAGAGAGAUAAGGCAGAAGAGGAGUCAGUGGGCCUCUUCAUCCCUAAGCCCAUGCUGUGCUCUGAAGCUGAGGAAGGUGAGGUCCCUCACUCUCUAGAGAUGCUGUAUCAGACUAUCAACAGCACCUCAGACUGCCUGCUGUUAGCGGCACACGUGUUACUGCUGGAAACCGGCUUCCUGCCACAGGGUUGUGAUGUCAGAGACAGAGAGAUGCCCAGUGGCUGGCGUGCAGCAGGGGGUCUCUACAGGCUGCAGUACUCUCACCCACUCUGUGAGAACAGCCUGGUAGAGGUGGUUGCCGUGCCUAUGGGCCAAACACUUGUCAUAAAUGCCACUCUGAAGACUGGUGCAGUAGAGUUUUCACAGAAGCUGGCACUGAAACUGGACGCUUAUGUGACUGAGGAGUGGGCAGGUGGAAAUGCUGGCGUGGCCUACAGAGAUUUGAAGAAACUGUCUCGUGUUUUUAAGGAUCAGUUGGCUUACCCACUCAUUGCAAAAGCUAGAGAAGCACUGGGUCUCCCUGCACUGUUUGGUCUGGCUGUGCUGCCCCCUGAGCUGCUGUUAAGGAUAAUGCGGCUGUUGGAUGUUCCCUCAAUCCUAAAGCUGUCUAAAGUAUGCAGACGCCUGCACUCUGUUACCCAAGAUGCCUCACUCUGGAAACACUUUGUGUAUCGUGACUUCAGAGUGAAUUUUCAUGCUGACAGUGAGCACAGAGACACAGACUGGAAAGAGCUUUACAAAAAGAAAUUUUAUCAAAAGAAGACUCGGCGCCAAUAUAGACCGACUUUUUACCCUUUCCCAGGUCCCCCAAUUUAUCCCAACCGCCGAAAUUACAUCCCUCCUCGACCACAUCCUUUUUUUCCACCCGGCAUCCUGCCUCACCCACACCACUACCCUGUUGGCCGGUUUCCAGGUAACGAACCGCUUUUCUGACCUGCCUUUGAACACCCUUUG